AUGGGCUGUUCCAUUCAAAAACACAAGCUUCCCCUAUCUCAAUAAAAUAUAUCUGUAAACUUAAAAAUUAAUAUCUUAGCUCUCCGUUAAAACUCAAACUCCCUAAUCUUCAUAGGAUAUUACUGAGCGAGAAUAAAAUCUAAAAACUUUGAAAUAGCUAUUGAAAGGCUCGAAUUUUGCUAUUUCAUAAGUGUAAUCAACUAAUAGCAGAAGAAGAAAUAAUCAUAUAUAAAAAUAAUGA